ACCGGAAAUAGUGGACUCGUGCUGCAGCAGGGAGCAUUUUAUCACCACUGUCACGAUAUCAGCUCUUUAAAUAACAUUUAUUAAGAUCUAAUUAUAUUUGUAUGAUCACAUUGAGCUAUUAUGGCUGGAAGUCGACUUGAGAAAUUUGGGACUGUUUAUACACGGGUUCGAGAUUUAAUGCGUGCUGGAGUCAUCAAGCAGAGGGAAAAGCCCAUCUGGUUUGAUGUGUAUGCUGCUUUUCCUCCUAAGAGAGAGCCCCUCUAUGAGAAACCUGUGAGACAAGUAAAGAGACAUGCUGCAGACUCUGUACCUGAAAUACUCUACAAAGAGGAUGAAAUACGAGCGAAGUUCUUUGAAGUGUAUGGCAGUGGACCCAGAGCUUUUGAGCUCCUCAAGCCCAACUUUGUAUCACCAUGCCAGAAGUUUGUGAUGAAGUACAGUGAAUUAGAAAGCCGAGGGGACAUAAAACCCGAGAUGCUGUUUGAAGAGACAGCCAAAGUGCUCCUAGCAGAGGGUAUUUAUUUAAGGAAGAGAGGAGGACCUGUGCAGGUGGCGACAGAGUCCCGGGACCCUUUGCUGAACAUGAAGUUGACCGACAUGUUGGCAGAGCAGCAAAGAGACACGGAAACAGAGACAAAUGUUCCAGAGAAGCAGCCUCAGGCAGAGGCAGUCAACACUGACAGUCAGACGUCUUCGUAAAUGUAUCCGUUCCUCUCUGUUAGCACAACAUAAACUGGUCCUGCCUCUGCCUCAACAUGAUGUAACAUCAGGCAUUUCUUGACCCAUGGAGCACGGAUAUUGUUCCUUCAUUUGUAAGCACUGAGUAAAAUCUAGAACAGUGUGUGUCUGCUCUCCUCUUGGUGUCAAAGGGGGGAAGUUUGAAUACAUUUGUACAUGUCAAGUACAGUUGGAACUGUUUAGGCUUGUGAUUUGUUUAGCCAUGCAGCUUUUGGAGUUUUUUCUUCCCCCACAGCAUUUUCAUGUUCUGUGAUAGAGAGCUAGCAAGUGUUUGAUUUUGUAAUGUCUGUAAUAAAAUAUGUGGACUGUU